CGGGCGCACACACUGUUUACGGACGACGUACGCGCGCGCCACACGGUCGAUCGGAAACGUUUUUCGUACGAGUCGGAUUACGAGCUUUUUUUUUAUUAUUAUUAUUAAACCCAAAAUAUUAUAACAUUAAAUAAUAUUGCCGUCGAGUCGGUUUUUUUUUUAAUCAUCUAUCCGUCCCUUCUCUACCACCGUCGCCAAUCGCGCCAAUCCGUUUCAAAAUUAACUGCUGCGCGGUCGACGAAAACUUCGGUCUGUGUUUCGAGUUUUUUUUUUUUAUCUUCGUCGUUAUUAUUAUUAUUGUUAUUUUCACUAAUCGUCGUGUUCUCCUUGAAAAAAACCGCGAAAAAAACGCACGACCACUGAAGUUGUGCAGACGGACGGAUAUUCGGACGAUUUCCCGCCGAGUUCGUUUCCCAAAUCUCAACUCUCGCAUAAUUUUGGAUCAACGGACCAUGUGCCCAGAGAAAAAUUGUCACAACGACCGACGUUAAAGAUGACUGUCAAAUGGUUGUCCGUGCUGGUCGCGCUGGCGUGUUGCUCGAUCCGCCACACCGUCAUGUGCACGUCCAUCCGGCUGGAUCACCUACCUUUGCGGCCAGUGCCAUCCAACGACCCUGGAGUCAUUGAUCUCAUCGAGAUGCCCAACCCGGCACUGGAUCCCAGGCCCUCCGACAUAAACGCCACGGCGCUGUUGGCCAAGCUGGCCGCCAAGUUCGACCCCAACUGCAUGAGCAUGACAGCCCCCGAACACCUGGUGCCAGUCUCCGAAAUACCCUUCAGGAGGAAUCGACGUGGCCGAUUGGUGCCCACCGGCAAGAUGCCGACUGAGAUCCGGGAGCUGGACACCAAGUUUUUCUCGCUUUCGGACGGCCGGCGGCUCCGGACCCGGAUAACCGGUCAACUGCGCCGGAAGAUCCAGCAGUACCUCUGGGGCCGGACGGCGUGCCCGAUGCACAGACAGUGGAAGGACCUGGGCCAGCGGUUCUGGCCGAGGUGGCUGCUCGAGGGUCACUGUCCCAAGGGCGAGACGUCGUGCUCGGUGCCCGCGGGCAUGUACUGCCGAGCCACUAGCAGCCAGUACAAGACGCUGUUGCGGUGGCACUGUCGCGGCCCUAAUGGCCCGUCGGCCGUACUGCAGCAGUACAACAGUCUGCCAGGCGCGAAGUCGACGGGGUCGGUGGUCAACCAGAUAAAGGUGUGCCAGUGGAUCAAGGUGGAGUACCCGGUGGUGACCGAGUGCGGUUGCGGUUGCGCGACGGACGUCUCCGAGUGACAGGGCGGGACGGCGCCCACCUGCAAACGAAACUAAAUCAUAUUAUUAUUAUUAUUAUUUCAUUGUAUACGAGUGGUAUACCCUAUAUCAUUAUUAUUUUUCUCCAACUCUUUAUUAUUAUUAUUUUUUUUUUACGAGUCGGACGACUUGUCGCACACUACUAGUCUUAAUAUAAUAAUGUACGAAACACGGUUUUUUUUCAACGACCAAUUAGUUGUUAAGAAUUUCAUAUAUUUAUAAUUUGCUAAUUAUUUAUAAUAUUACGUGUACACCGUCGUCCAUAUAUUAUAUCGUCAGUCCUGACGUAUCAUACCAUAUAAUAUUAUAAUAUAACUAUAAUGUUUCGUUAUUCGAAAGAGGGAAUCGCAUAUAUAACAUAAUUGUUAUACUAUUAUUAUGGUCGUCUUCCCGACACAACGAGACAUUUAGUAUAGAUUGGACGGUUAUUAUAUUUUACUGUUAUUAUAAUAAUAAUAUCAACCAGCAAUAUAUUAUUGGUCUAAACGAUCAAUUGCAUUAUUAUUAUAUUAUAUAUCUGCAUCGCGGAAUACGCAUAUAUCGAUUGAUCGGUUGGCGCUAGAUCGCCGAGUGGUUCGAUCACAAAUCCGAGAUAUUAUCACGACGGUUACUGGUAGGUGCGCAUGCGUAGGUAUGUGUGGUCGGGUAACGCCGCCGCUGUUUAAGUCUUUUUACCGACCCCCCAACCCCUCCCACCACUACGAUUCAAUGUAAUUAUAAAUUAUGAUGGUUUCUACUGUAUAUCCUGUUAUAUACAAUCCUAUUAAAAUAGUAUAUCGUAUUAAACGUCGAUUUAGAAUAAUUUUAUAUUAAUAUACUGAUGCGCCAAUUGCGUCGUGACAGAUACGAUUUUUUGACACAUUUUUUUAUUUUAAAUAUCACUCUCGUCAAAUGUCUGUUUUAUCUAUAAUAUUAUGCCUCCUUCACUCUAUCUCGCUCGAGUAUUAUUAUUAUCAUUAUUAUCAUCAUCAUCAUCGACAUUCUUUGAGGUUUACAUAUCAUAUCGUUUAACUUAUAUUUUAUACCAUCGAGCUUAGUUUUAGUUGGAAAAAAUAAUACGAAAUCUGAGUAAACUCGAAGAAUUUUUUCUUCAAGUCUGCCUUCAAUAUCCGUUCGUGCACAUAUUUUGAUAAUUUUUUUACCAAAACGAAUAUUAUAAUACAUUAUAUUGUAUUUUUUCGUUUUGCUUUGAAUUAUUUUAAUUUUAUAUUUAUAUUUAUACGUGUAUUUUAUAAAAGCUUCUUGAUCCUUUUUUUUUUUUUGCACUUAUGUAAUUUCAUCUUUUUUUUUGUUGUACAUAAUUAUUUAAUAUAUAGUUAAAUUAUAAUUAAUAAAUUAUACAUAUUAUUUAUUUUAUACACACCUUUUUACGCAAGAGUAGAUUUUAAAUUAUAAUUAUUAUAUAAGGUUAGGAGGUACCUAUAUAUUUAUAAAUAAUUGUAAUACGAUUUUGUAAAUUAUUUUUCACAAUGUAAAUAACAGAGUUAUACAUAAAUUACAAUACAAAAACAAAACACACCAUUCA